GUGUGCGUUUGAUGUCAAAAACAGUAGAGUAUCAAACGGGCGGAGCGUCUUUGUGUACGCUACUAAAGAACACUUUUUUCUGUAGAACGGUUUAUGCCGAAUUUCAUUACAAACACACCAGUAGGAAGUUGGCGUCGUUUGUGAUGAUUGAAUGGCGCUUUUAUUUAUUUUAUGUUUUUGUCACGAUACAACAUUCCGAAAGAUAGUCAUAAUAUAUGUUUGACGAGACAACGUUUAUUAUUUUUGCUUAUUAUUUCCGAGACACUAACAAUUGUCUUUUUCUCACUUCUGUGUAAAAUCUAGCAAGCUGUCUAAAAAAGUGGACAUCACCAUACGUAGUUAUUGAAUGUCAUUAUUGAUUAAGUGUACUGUGUAGCAAACAUGUCAGAAUCGGGUCACAGUCAGCCUGGCAUGUAUGGACCGGGACGCAGGAGAAGGCGACGCCGUGGGGAGCGGGACAUAGGACCUCCAGGCCAGAAUCUGUCCGGUCCUAGUCGGGAUCGUGAAUACCAACCUCGGGAACGAAGGGACGGAAGUGAAGACCCGCCGGGCCCUCUCAUUCAGAAGACCCCCAUCAUUCUGGCCAAGCCCCCCGGGGAGAGGGCCAAGCCAUCACAGAAUACACCCGUCAGCGGGGCUCCAGUUCUUGACAAGCCGAUCAUGCUCAUGAAAGCUCGGGACGAUGCAGCAAAGCCGGCGACUCCUCCGGAGGCGACGCCUCAGCCUUCUGGUCCCGGGCCCUCCAAAGUGGAGAGGGAAGGCCAACGACCCACCCAGCCCGUCUACCAGAUCCAGAACCGAGGAAUGAGUGCUUCUGCAACUAGCAGCGCUGUAGACCCCUUGGUUGGCCAAGCCAAACUCAUCCCACCAGAGAAGAUGAAGCACAGCAUCAAGCUUGUGGAUGAGCAGAUGAACUGGUGUGACAGUGCCAUGGAGUACCUGCGAGACCAAACGGAUAUGCUGGUGGUGGGCGUCGUUGGCCUGCAGGGAACUGGGAAAUCGACUGUCAUGUCUCUGCUAUCGGCCAACACCCCUGAAGAAGACCCAAGGGGUUAUGUAUUCAGAGCGCAGACUCAAGAGAUUAAGGAGCGUGGUGGAAACCAGAGCACGGGAAUUGACUUUUUCAUCACGCAGGAGAGGAUCAUCUUCUUGGACACCCAGCCAAUUCUCAGCCCCUCUAUCCUGGACCACCACAUCAACAAUGAUCGCAAGUUGCCCCCAGAAUACAACCUGCCUUACACAUAUGUGGAGAUGCAGUCUCUUCAGAUUGCCGCCUUCCUGUUUACAGUGUGCCAUGUGGUCAUUGUGGUUCAAGAUUGGUUCACUGACUUAAACCUCUACAGGUUUCUUCAAACGGCCGAGAUGCUGAAACCUUCCACUCCGUCCGCGAGCCACGACAGCACGGGCUCUUCUGGCAGUGAUGACGGCGCAGAGUACUAUCCGCAUAUAGUGUUCCUCCAGAAUAAGAGCAAGCGCGAGGACUUCUGCCCGAGGAAUCUCAAGGACAUGCAUAAUGUGGUGGACAAAUUAAUGGCCCACUCCCACCUCAAAUACAAAGGUUCGCUGUCCAUGCUAGACUGCAAUAUCUUGCCUGGUUUGGGCCAGGACUUUAUGACGACUGAAGUCAACAUGUUCUUGCUGCCCAUGCAGGACAACGACGGCGAGGAUAAUCUGACGAAAGCGGGUUCCACAAUGACGUAUCCCCUCUUCUCCUUGCUGCCGGGUUACAAGGGCCACCCUUCGUUCUCCACCAUGGUCUCCAAGCUGCGCAGCCAAAUGAUGGCCAUGCCCCGCUGUCAGCUGUCACACACCAUCCUCACUGAGAAGAACUGGUUUCACUACGCCGCUCGAAUCUGGGAUGGUGUCAAAAAAUCCUCCGCCCUCUCCGAAUACAGCCGCCUGCUGGCCUAGACUCGUAGCCCUGAUGUUUUUUUCCACAAGUCCCCGUAAAAGGGAUACACGGCUAUGAAAGCUUUGCAGCCCGUGAGGGGGGCGGGGGGGGAGACAACAACGUUGGGCUGCCAUUGGCUAAGGAUGACAUCGCCAGGGAACGUGGACCGUUUGGCGCACCUGGUCAGGUUACCUGUCCCGUAACUUCCUUCCCAGGGAAAUGGGCGCAGUUGAGCUGUUGGAGCUGCGCUCCGCAUCGCAGUGGUGGGAAAGAGAAAAAGCAGUUGUGCAGACAAGUCCAAACAUGAUGAAACGUCUGUUAUUGACCCGUGGGACUGUUGUACAGCUGGUGCAAGACUUUGGUGAAAAAUAAAAGAAAAGCCUUUUAUUAUUGUAAUUUGUUAUAUAUUGAAUAACAGCUGUGACAAAAGUGCUCCGGAGUUUUAUUAUUUUAUUUAGUCUCCAUGUUGUGUAAAGUUGUAGAUGAGAGAAAGGAACAAAACAGAAGUCUCCAAUGGUCUGAAUGAGGCCGCCGUAAUGCUGAAAUUGUUAUUUUGCGGUUUAACUUCAAACGCAGGUUGUGCCUCAGAAACUGCAUGGCACAUUUCAUUGUUAUUGUUUACCUUGCAUGGUAAAUUGUGCCAACUCCAAGUGGCAUGCUAAGGAAAUUGGUUGAAUGUUAUUGUAGAUGGCAAAAUGUCAUAGCAAAAUGUUAAUGCUCUUGGAACAUGUUCACAUGGUAUCUGCUGCUUAAGAUGUUAGAAUUGGACUUUUGUUUGUUUGUUUGUUUGUUUGGUGGGGUGUUUCAAAUAUUCACAUUUAAACAACUUCCCGAGCAGCCUAAAAUUUUUAAAAGGUUUGUUGAGUGCAUCCUUUUAAGAUGCACAUAAAAAUGUGGUGCUUCUGCUGUCAGUUGCAGAAAUUCGCACUGUUUAGCAGAUUUCUGCGGUUUCUUGCAGGUUUUUAAAAAUACGCUUUUGUGUUACGCUUACUGUAAUGCCCUCACAUGUGGGAAAGGAGAGCCACAGUUGCCGAUGCACAUUUCAGGCUUUUAUUGAACGCUUUGACAAAAAACAACAACUUGAUGUGCACUGCUGUUGGCAACAGCUCACACCCAGACACUCACACGCAGCCUGGCUGACAUUACACGACACCCCACCUAGCUCCGCUUCUUAAAGGCACAGACACUACAAGUACACCUUAUACAGUUUAUAGUUGCAAUUUGUUUGUGGAUUUCAAAUACCUUUACGUGUUUAAAACGUGUGUUUUUAAUAAGUUUAGAUAUGUUUAAAGUGUGUGGGAGAGGUAAAACUAUAUAAAACAUUGUCAUUUCUAAUCUA